GACUUCAAGACUAUAUUAAUCGUAUAUUAAUCGUAUUCAAUCUGGCAGAUAAACAUCGAAAUAUCUUAGUUAAACAUAUAAAUGAACAAGUCGAUAAACGGUUACAAGAUAGAAAUAUGUAUCAGGAUUUGUGGAAACGUCAUAAUGAUUUGCUUCAAGAGUUAAAUGAAGAGAAAAAUAUUGAUCCUUACAACAUUGAUUGUACUGUAAUUGCUGAUAAACUGGCUAUUAUUAUCUAUGCAUCGAUACUUUCAACUUCAAGGAGUUCUACAAACGCCUUUAUCGAUUUGGCGUCUCGACCUGAAUAUAUGCAAGAAUUAUAUGAAACAACUACACAUUGCUAA